AUUAGACUUGCUUGGUGGGUAACUGUGGAACGAUAAGUAUAUACGAUAUGUAGAGUAGCAGCCAUGAAACUGUAGGAAAGAUGAUGUAUUCUUUCCAAUAAUCAUAAAAUAUUUCUGAGCAUCAGGUUCAUUAUGAUGAACCGGGUACAACCAGAAAAUGUUCACUCCACCAUAUUUACUCCACGAGAAUAUCAGGUGGAGUUGGUGGAUGCCUGCCUCAAAGGGAACACCCUUUCAGUGCUGGCCUCCCGCUCCACAAGGACAUUCCUCAUCACCAUGGUCACACGAGAAAUGGCCCAUCUCACUCGGAGCAAGGAGCAGGGAGGCAAGGGACAGCGAACAUUACUCACUGGUUGGUCAGGGCCAGGGCUGGUGCGUGCAGGCGAGGCUAUUCAACAAAAUACCAACUUAGCUGUGACCACUUACACAAGGCUUGAGCAGGUGGAAGGCUGGCUACCUUCACGAUGGAGUCAGACUUUUACAGAGGCCCAGGUAAUAAUUAUGACUGUGGAUGUACUUGAAAAAGGGCUUGAAACUGGAUUAUUACAGCUAGACAUGUUGAACUUACUUGUAAUUACUGAUGCACACCGUGUAGCAACUUUCCCUCCUUUAAUUAAGGUUUUAAAUUUAUGUCGUGGAUGUAGGAUCCUUGGCAUGACAUCACCAGUCCUAAGUCAUGCCUGUUCACCACCACAAUUAGAAUCCUUCCUUACACACCUUCAGGAUGCUACAUCUUGCGUGGUAGACACUUCCUCAGAAAUUGUCACUGUCCUGAGGUAUGUGAAUAAGCCAGUUGAGAAGAUUGUGAUGUGCCGUGACCCAGACCCUGACGAACGUUCAGAAGUAGAACUAGAAGUGCGUAGGCUUGUGGGAGAAGCUCUUAGUUUCCUUGAUAAUCAUCGCUAUGAUUUGGUGGAAGUCUAUGGUCCAGAGUACCAAGAAUUUUGUGAUGAUCUGCCUGACCCCAACAAAGAGCCAAGGCAGAUAUUGAUGGAUUUCCUUGAUGUGCUCAAUAAUUUAGGAUUGUGGUGUGCUGACCGUGCAGCAUUGUACGCGCUAGUGGAAGUUGAGAAGCUUAAGAAAAAAACAGCUUAUGACAGGCAUUAUCUUCUGUUGUGCAUGAUCUUCACUGUCAUGGCACGUAUAAGAGCUGUUGUUGAACAAGCAUUUGAUAAAUAUUCUGAAUUAGAUCAGAUUUUGAAAUUCUCAACUCCAAAGGUAUUGCGCCUGGUAGAGAUCUUACGGCAGGUCCGACCUCUCAACUUUGUAGAUCCACGUAAGAGAAGAGAUAGAUUAGAAGUGUUUGAGAAUGGGAAAGCAGCUGCUGCUCUUGAAGGUAGUGAAGACACACAAGAAAACAAAACUUCAUCAGAAGAUAAGAAUGUAGAGAAAGAUUCUACAAAACCUGUAACUGAUGGAGGAAACACAGAAAAUCUACAAGGAUCUUCCUCCAAAUUGAAAAUCGAAAUGAGCUGUGAAAGUUCAGAAGAGCCAAGUGAUACAACAUUAUGUGUUCAAGAAAGCAUUUAUGGAAUUUCAGAAAUUCCUCUUGUAAGCUCAGGAGAUGGUGCUAAAGAUCCAAAUGAUGAAUGUGAAGUAAACAGUGGAAAUGCCAUGCCAGACCUCAAAGCUGUGGAAGAGCUGAGUGAAGGCCAUUCUCAGAUCCAUGGCACAGAGCCAUCAUCAGAAGAUCCCUUCUUAGCUGAUGAAAAUUCCACAGAAGAUAAAUCAGAAUUGUCUCAUGGAGCUCCAUCGAACAUGUUUUGUGGAUCAUCCAUUGAAGAUUCUAGUGAAGUUGUUGACAUAUCCACUGAUGGAGGAUAUUUUACUGCUGUCUCUGAUGUUUCUCCAAAAUGUACAAGUAAGGCUGUGUCUGAUUCGUAUACAAAUGAUAUAGAAGAUUGUAUGAUGAAAGCAAAUUGUAAUAACUAUGAAGUGAAUGUUUCAAGAAUGACUGAAAUAAAUACUGAAAACGUCUGUGCUGAAGUAACUGACAAAUAUAGUUGUUUACAAGAUAGCUUGGAAGAUGGAGUAGACUUCACUAAGCACAGUAUGAAAGAAAGAACUGCUGAUGAUAUGCACUUUACAGUACAAACUUGCCCUGAAACUACACAAUAUUGUUCAAAUGCCUGUGAAGAUGUAGUUGCUAAGACUAAUGAUGAGGAUGGGUCAGCAUUAGAGGACAGUUUAUGUAGGCUUAAUAUUAAGGAAUCAUCUUGCACAGAUGGCUGUGAUACAGAAAGCAUUAAGAGCUGUGAUCUACAUAAUGGAGUUCUGAGUGCCAAAAAUGAUUUGCUAGACACUGCCAUGAUACAAAAUGUGAAAAAUAUGACUCUAUGCAAUGGAUUUGAGCAUGGCAAUAAAGAAGAUAUAAUGGAUUCUGAAAAAGACAUUACAAGUAAAAUGAAUGGCCAUGUUGAUCCAAGUGAAUAUGAUUCAGAAAGUGAAGACAUUAGUGAUAAAUAUAAAAGCUGUGAAUCAGUACAAAGCCAGGCUAGUGUGGAAACUUCCAGUAAAGAAGGCUCCAUAUCAGACACAUAUGUUCCCCCUGCUACCUCUGAUCUGCCUUGCAAGGCAGAUGCUACUUCUGCUGUAGAUGAAACUGCAACUCCAUCUGAUUCUGCACCAAGUGAACAGGAGUUACCUACUUGUACCAAUGGUGUGGAAAACACUGAAGAUCCUGCUUUAGUUUCUACUUCAGGGACAACACAGAACACAACCAUUUGUUCUGACUCUGCUGCCUUUUCCAAUGCUAAUAAUGGUAUUCAACCCACAACACAAGCAGUAUCAUCAGAGGCAGCUGCCAUGGCUGAUACUUUGGCCAUGCUAUUACCAAAUAGUGGUAAAGGACGGAAAAGACGAGAUGAUGUUAAAGAAAAAGUAAAGGUCCACAAUCCAGAAGAUCCUGAUUCUGUUUGUGGCCUCAUUUUCGUACAUCAUCGAAGUAUGGCCAAGAUUAUAUACAGGCUGUUAAAGGAACUGAGCGACAUUGGUGGAGAUUUUGCUUGGAUUUUCCCCCAAUACACAGUAGAAGCCAAGGAAAGUGUAAAGGAAGAUCCCAGGGCUGCAGAGGCAGAACACAAGAAACAAGAGGAAGUACUCAGGAGAUUCCGACAUCACGAGUGCAAUAUUCUUGUCUCAACACGUGUGUUAGAAGAAGGAAUUGAUGUUCCACAGUGUAAUCUGGUACUAAGGUUUGAUCCUCCCACCGAUUACCGCUCAUAUGUCCAUAGCUGUGGUCGAGCUAGAGGCCAUGACACUUUCUAUUUUCACUUGAUUACAAAGAACCAGGAGAUCAGCUUUCUACAUGACAUGGCUACCUAUUCUGCUUUUCAACAGGUGCUUGUUAGUCAUUGUGGCAGUGUUGAAGUGGGCACUGACAGAGAGGUUCUGUCAUCAGAAGCCAAUGCAGCUCAUGCCCCUUAUAUAACUCCAGCUGAAGCUGCUGUUACAAUGGCUUCAGCUAUAGGGCUCUUGAACAAAUACUGUGCAAAGUUACCAAGUGACACUUUCACUCGUCUAACUGCUAUGUGGGAUGUAGAAGAAAUAAAAGAGGCAGAAGCGUUAACACCAGUAUACAAGUGUAAGAUCAUGUUGCCAAUCAACUCGCCAUUGAAAGGGACCAUUGAGGGUCCAUGGCAAAAGAAAGUUUCACUUGCUAAAAUGGCAGCAGCUUUAGAGUGUUGUCGAAGACUGCAUCAGAUGGGAGAAUUGGAUGAUCAGCUUCAGCCAGUAGGAAAGGAAAGCAUGAAGUUAGAUGAUCACUUGUGUGCUCCACCUGCUGAUGACCAGGUGCCAGAGGGGAUGCCUCGGCCAGGAACAACAAAGAGGAGACAGUAUUAUUAUAAAAAGGUUGCUGUUUGUCUGACUGGGGAACAACCCAAACAAGGACUAGAUUUGUUUGUCUAUAAGCUAGAUAUGGUGCUAACUUGCCCCAUCCCAGAUGAACAAAACACCCGUGGUCGUAAGAUUUACCGUCCGGAGCAGUCCUCACGUUCAUUUGGAAUUAUCACAACAAAGCCAAUCUCACAGGUCAGUGGAUUUCCAGUAUUCACUCGUUCAGGGGAAGUCGUCGUCCAUGUCCAAGAAAUUGAAAGAAAGGUUAAUGUCACUCAAGAUCAGUUGUCAGCCUUACAAUACUUCCAUAAAUUCACCUUCACACAUGUCCUACGGCUGGAAAAAUAUCCAAUCAAGUUUGAUCCUACGAAUGCAAGAACAGCUUUUUAUAUUGUACCUCUCAACAAGUUUAAUGGAAGCGAAGGCAUUGAUUGGGAGUUUGUAAAGGAGAUCCAAUCAGAAGGAGAUCCCAGACCAGUCCCUCCACAGGAUGAUGCAAGGAAAAAGUUUCAGUUCCAGCAUGACCUGUAUGAGGAUGCAGUGGUUAUGCCUUGGUACAGAAAUCAAGAUCAGCCUCAGUAUUUUUACGUAGCUGAAAUAUGCACUCAUCUCAAUCCACAAAGUGAUUUUCCGGAUGCAGGGUUCGAGACCUUUGAAAAAUACUACCUAACUAAAUAUGGCCUUCAAAUAUGUAACCUUGCUCAGCCUUUGCUUGAUGUUGACCACACAUCUGGAAGACUGAAUUUGCUCACGCCACGUCAUGUUAACAGGAAAGGAGUGGCACUGCCUACCACCUCAGAAGAAACUAAGCGUGCCAAACGAGAGAACCUUCAACAGAAGCAGAUCUUAGUACCUGAAUUGUGCACCAUUCAUCCCUUCCCAGCCUCCUUGUGGCGAAAAGCAGUAUGUUUGCCAACCAUACUCUAUCGUAUUAAUGCUUUACUUCUUGCUGAUCAACUAAGGCUCUCAGUGGCAAGUGAAGUUGGAUUAGGACUCCAGACUCUUCUACCAGAUUUUUCAUGGCCACCUUUGGACUUUGGUUGGAGUUUAGCUGAUGUUCUCAGGAAAAACCAGGAAAACCAAGAGCAAGAUGACAAAUCAAACAUUGCUACAGAAGCCACCAAUAGCAAGCAGAAAGCUUCCAAAGCUGAGAACCCAGAAUGUGAAUCUCCAACUCUUGCAGCAAAAAAGAAGGCUCCCAAGAAGGGAAAUGACAUGGAAAUUGGCACAUGGUCAAAUGAUAUGGCAGUUGAUCCUCCCACACCUCCAUUUGAUAUGGACACAAUGAAUGGGCCAGAUGAAUUUGAGAUUGAUACAUUUGAUCCCAAUGUUGCCCUGCCUGACAACCUGACUUUACUGAAUGGAUUUUCAGGUGCUGAUGAUGAUAUAGAGGGUGAAUUGGGGGCUGACUGGGGCACUGGAAUUACUGAACGACGGACCAAGAGCAGCUGCAACAAAGACAGCAAAGGAGGGAUGUUCAGAGUGGGUUCACCAUCCAAUUUUGAGAGUGAUGGGUGGGACAUGUUUGGUAGUUCAGGUUAUAAUGGUGGGUAUGGAGGAUAUGGUUCCUAUGAUGCUUAUGGUGGUUAUGGAGAUUUCCAGGGUCUGGCAGAUGAUCUUGAAGGCUGUGAGUCUGAUGUUUCAUCUGACAUGGAUGAUGAUGAUAAAAGUCAGACAGAAAAAUUGUGGGAUGAGGAGGGGACCAAGAGGCGGUCUAGUAUGGCAGCUGAUGAAGGGUCAUCAGAUGAAGAGAUUGACUUGAAUUGGCCAGAUGAAGAUGAAGAGGUGCGAAAUGAAAAGGAAAAAGAAUUUCAGUCAUUUUUAGAGGAUAAACAGAAGAUUAUAAAGGAAAGUUCCUGCUAUCUGGCAGAAAGUGAAUCACUACUAAUUGAAAAGGCUCACAGGAAACUACAGAAUGAAAGCAAAUCAUCCCCAGAGAAGGUCUCUCAUCGUACUGAAAGUUCUACUACUGAAGGCUGUGAACAAUUAUCUUCAAAAGGCUGUGAUAAUGCUCAACAAUCUACCUCAAUCAUCAUUAGAACUGUGAACAGAGAUGAAACUCUUGCACUUAAAAGGCCAGACUCUGAGGUACAGUGUUCUUCAUGGAACAGCAUUUGUGAGGAAAUGUCAUUCAGUUUUGAUUUCCAACCUGAUCUUCUUAACCAUCCUGGACCAUCACCAAGUGUCAUACUCCAGGCACUCACAAUGUCUAAUGCUAAUGAUGGAGUCAAUUUAGAGAGGCUUGAAACCAUAGGGGAUUCUUUUCUGAAAUAUGCCAUCACAACUUUUCUCUUGUAUUAUCCACAACGUCAUGAAGGGAAGCUUAGUUACCUACGUUCAAAGCAAGUCAGUAACCUUAAUCUUUAUCGGUUAGGCAAACGGAAAGGGCUUGGAGAGUGUAUGGUAGCAACAAAAUUUGAGCCCCAUGAUAACUGGCUGCCACCAGGAUACUUUGUUCCAAGAGAAUUAGAGGAAGCUUUGAUUGACUCUGGGGUACCUGCAGGUCAUUGGAAUAUGGCAGACUUACCUGGACUUCAUGACUUGGCAAGUGAUGAAAUUAGACGGCUAGUUCAGGAGCGUUCAGAGCAGAUCAAGCGCAGUAAGAGUGAGCAGGCAACUAGUGAACUCAUGGCUACACAAAAUCCACAUGAUCUGCCAAUAUUUAUCCCAUACAAUUUGCUCACACAGCACAGCAUCCCAGACAAGAGUAUUGCUGAUUGCGUAGAAGCCUUGAUUGGUGCUUACUUGACCACAUGUGGGCCUCGGGGUGCUUUACUGUUUAUGUCUUGGCUUGGAAUCAAAGUUCUGCCAUGUACACUAGAAAGUUCUCCAGAAGCUUGUGAGCUUAUUACAUAUGGACACUUAGAAUCUCCUCAGUCUCCACUAUAUCAUUGCCCUCUUACUGACACUAGAAAGGAACUAGAUUUGCUUCUUAGUGGAUACCAAGUGUUUGAAGAGAAGAUUGGGUACACAUUCCGUGAUCGUUCAUACUUGUUGCAAGCCUUCACACAUGCCUCGUACUACAAAAAUCGGUUGACUGACUGCUAUCAGAGACUUGAAUUCCUAGGAGAUGCUGUUCUUGAUUACCUGAUAACUCGUCAUUUGUAUGAGGACAAGAGGCAGCAUUCACCAGGUGCACUAACUGACCUUCGGUCAGCAUUAGUCAAUAAUACAAUAUUUGCAUCCCUGGCUGUCAAAUAUGACUACCAUAAAUACUUCCGCCAUUUCUCACCUGGUUUAGAUCGAGUCAUAAGGGACUUUGUAAAGAUGCAAGAGGAAAAUGGCCAUAAAAUCAAUGAGGAGUACUACUUCAUGGAAGAAGAUGAAUGUGAGGCAGCAGAAGACAUUGAAGUUCCUAAAGCUCUUGGUGAUGUAUUUGAGAGUGUAGCAGGUGCAAUCUUUCUUGACUCUGGUAGCUCCUUGGAUGCAGUGUGGUCUGUGUACUAUACUAUGAUGUGUCGGGAGAUAGAACAGUUCAGUGGAGUGGUACCAAAGUCACCCAUUAGGGAGUUGUUAGAAAUGGAACCUGAAACGGCCAAAUUCGGAAAGCCUGAACGUCUUGUAGAUGGGAAGGUUAGAGUGUCAGUUGAAAUAUUUGGAAAAGGAUCAUUUUCAGGUGUUGGGAGGAAUUAUCGUAUUGCAAAAUCAACAGCUGCAAAGAGGGCUCUGAGACACUUGAAAAAGUUACAAAUGAUGGCUAAUCAGGGUAUCUGAUUGGGAUGCUCUUUGUAAGGGAAAUAUCUGAUACAGUAAUUUUUUAUAAGUGUAAUGUAAUAAAAAAAAAUAAAAAAUGAUAAAAAAAAGAAUAAGGAUUAAGAAAGAUCUGAAAUUUGUACAUGCAGCAUUUACAACUUGGGUUUUUGUAGGUUUUAUUAAUGGGAAGAAUAUAACUAACCUUUCUUUUAUCAUGAAAGAAAAUUUCAUUGGCAAUGAAAAGAGUGGACAAAUUUGCUUCCGGGAAAGGUAAUGGGUAUCAGCAAGUUAAUACCUUGCCAUUUUUAUAGCCAUUAUGUGUAACUUUACUUUUCCCCUUUUUAUCAAAUUUUAGGGAAAAAACAUUUACCGUUCAGUUAAUUACUGUAGACAAAUUUUUAUGCCUACAUUUAUAAUCAGUCACUUUUAUUAUAGGUAUUGAGAGUACAAAUGUGCAUAAAACAGAAAACAUUGCAGAGUAAUCCUGCAAAAGAUUCAAGUGCAAUUGUGCAGGCUGCUUCAUGCCUUUGUUAUGACCAGUAGGUUAUGGGGCUCAGAGAGAUCUGUGCUGUGAGCCAGGAACUUAUAAACUAGUAACCACACAAAUUAAAGUUCCAACAUAUGAAUGGUGUACAUUACAAUAUUCUUUCCAGGUUCCUUAGUGCAAUGCAGACUUACUCUCAGUUAUUCAUCUCUUCUUUAGAUCAUACAGUUUUGGGUCAUUUGAAGAAGGCAAACACAUACUUAUAAGUUGUCAUAGGCUUUGUGGUUGUAAGUUUUUUUUAGACUUGUCACAGUUUUCUGGUCACUUUUCAAGAUGAAUAUUGUUGUUAUUUUUUCCCUCUCACUAUACUUGUAUGACUGCAUUGUUGACUUUGGUUCUGUGUUAAGAAGUGCCAUCUCCCAGUGACCCAGUCCUUGAACUGUUCCACCAUAAUGCUGUGAUUCCUUACCUGACAUUUAGUUCAAAUGUUAAGAUUUAUAUUAUUGUGUAGAUUAUUGGAGUCAUUGUAAAUUUUUGUAUAAUUUAUUACUAAAACUGCGUGCUGGCUCACAACUUGGAAAUGCUUUCUAUGUUUUAUUUUGUAUUUAUAGACCUUUUUUAUGCAUUGGUUCAGAUUUUAUUGCUAGAUGUACCUCAUUUGUGUUUGUGUUAUUAUUUCUUAUUUUUAUUUUAACUUUAUUUUGUUUCUUCAUACAUAUAAAUGUAAAAGUUGCCCCAAAAAGCUUUUUAAAGAUGCUUUAUAUCACUUCAGGUUAUAAUUGGUCUCCUUUGUAAACUCUUAUGGUUCAUGACAGAUCUUAUUGUUCUUUCUAUUGAAAGCUCCAUAGGCUUUGGCUGAAUUGAAUCAUGAGAACUUGUAGCAUUAACAGGAUGUGUCUGAACUACUUACAUGGUAGCCCAAAUAUCUAUGGUGAAAGUAUGAACUGUAAUUGAAACACCAAUUUUUUCAUUAUUUUUUAAAAGAGUGCGGAUAUGCAAGUACAUAGAUUUGUGGAUAUUUAUAAGAAUGCAGCUCCAGAAUGUUAAUGUAUUUGUUUACAUAUACAGCUCCAGAAUGUUAAUGUAUUUGUUUACAUAUACAUAUUUAGAUUCUCUUCAUGGAUAUGUGAAGCUUGAUUUGACAUUUUUAUUGAAGUAUAUACAGUGAAGAGGAUUAAGUUUUGGAAUUAGUAAGGAUCUCAAGAGCAUUUAGGUACUGUAUAUCGGAAAGUGCUUGGGUUUAUGCUUCCCUAUUUACUAGUUGCUCCUUUCUGUAUGUAUGAAAUGCAUUUCAGCUUGAACUAAAAUGUUCUCUAGGAUUUUGACCAAAAGUCUCUUGUUAUUGGUAUAAUUUACAUUAAAAAUGUCAGUUUAUUAAUUAACAUCAUAUUAUGAGAUAUAUUUUAUUAUGCAUGUUCCAUUUUGAGAUUAGAGGACAAAUUUUUUGUUUUCAUUAAUGGAAAUUGAUAUGAAAUAAAUUCCUAAACUCUGAAUUAAUUUGAAUUAGAAUAGUAAUAUUUUGUUUUGUUCUUCCUGUCUUCUACAGUAAAUCAUACAGGGAUAAGAUAUUUUAUUGUUCAUUGGAUUUUUUCUCUCUCUCUCUCUACCACCCAGCAGAAACUGGUGGAUUCUCUACACAGACAAAUGUCUCUCAUUUCAUGCUUCAAGGGUAUUUUAUUAGUACAUGAAUUAGCAGUAUAUAUAUGAUUGGUUCUCACUUACUUAGAGUAGUGUCACAAUGUUCCUAAUUUUGUGGUGAUGCAAAUUUGCUCUGAGAAUAUUUAUGGUUAUCUUGCUGGAUAUUCGGAUGACUGCUAUGGCUUUUCAUGAUCUCGGUACACAUACAGAAAUACAGUUUGCUCAGCUAUGUAUUGUUUAGUAGAUAAUGAUUUAAUGUUUAUUCAUAUGUUGCUUAAUGCAAGUGCUGGUAUUUUGACAUUGAGAAAUGCAGUUGUACGUAACUUGUUAUAUUUAGUUAGUUACAUCUGCUGAUUCUCUAUGUAAGUAUAGAGUUUGUAUAGUCUCACAAAUGGCAUGUUGAUAAAUGCAAUUUCAUUUUACACUGGAUAUCUUUGCAUAUUUUUUAUAUUAUAGCCAGUAAGUAAAGUUGUAUUACUGAAGAAAAAACGUUAAUGCAAGGAACUAUUAUUAUUGAUUUUAUUUAUUUGUUUAUUUUUAUUAUAUUUUAUAUAGAUUUGUUUUUGAGAUCCUGGUUGGCAUUUGUAUGCUGACCAAUACUAAUCAUUUACUGCUUCUGUCAAUUUAUUUGGUACCAUUCAUGGAGCUUCAGGUUGUUAGUGGUUAUUAAUCCUCUGUAAAAUAAUCAGAAAAGAGCCUAUUAAGUUUUCAAGACACAAGUACAAGUUUGUUGUAAUGAUUACAGAAGUAAUUUAAUAUUUUUCAAGUUUUAUUCAGAAUUUUAAAUAUUUCAUUUACAGAAAAGACUAUAUCAUAUGAUAUAGUGUAAAUGUGCCAUGUAUGGAUUGGUAUAGAAUGCAACAUUCAGGGCUUUAGAAAGAGAAGAGAAUUGGCUUGAGCAUGCAUGCUAGAUUCAUACCUACAUAUGUAAAAUUGCUUGAUUGUUUACAUUUUAUAGCUAUAAUAUGAUCAAUAGAUUCUGUCUGUGGACACUCUUGGAUCCUUGGUUAUGAUUUGUUCCUAGUCAAAUAUUGGUCCAAGGUUGUAUAUGAAUAUGAUCCCAACAGGGCUUUGGUAGGGUAAGUGGUGUUUGGGAAGUAAACUUUUUGUACCAUUGCAGGCUAUAAGAGCUAGCAGAAAGUGCCUCCCAGCUUACAGUUGGGGAGACAUUAUCAGCUAGUUGUCAUCUUGUUCAUGUGAUCCACUCCUGCAGUGGUACUUGUCAAUUUAGUUUAUAUAAGUAACUCUUAAAAUUUGGGAGUUUUAAAUCAAGUUUGCUUCUGCUUACCCAGUAGUUAUUGUAGGGGUGCAACAUUGAGGAACAUGCAGCCUUUGAGCACACUAUCAUAAGACACUCUAGAAAUAGAUAGGGUUUUUUUCUUUUUUCUUUAUAUUUAAUAUUGCAAGGAUUUUUUUUAAGGAUUUAUGCAAUUUUACCUCAAUUUUGCACUUAGAAUUAAGACUGAGCUAUGGCCAGGGUCCAGUUCCCAUGUCGCAGUGAGGAAGCACGCCUCUUCCCAGCGUAUCCUUGGUGAUAGGGGAAUUGGGCUCAUCCCUACUUGCUCAGCUGCAGCUGUAAUUUGUUUGCAGUACUAUUUACUCCAGGGAUCAUUUGUAUUAAUAAUAAGUGAUCUCAUUUAUGUUUAUGUAUGAGUUUAUUAUUUUUCUAGUAUAAGAUGUAUUUAAAAUAAAGUUUGAUAAGAAUAGCAUCUGACAAUUGCACUUUGUAAAUAAAUGUAAUUGAUUUUUGCUAUUACUAACUGUAAUGGGAAAGUGAACCUUCAUAUUAUCCUUGUGUCACAAUGUAUCCUUGCAGGAUUUUUUUCCUCCUCAAAUAUCCUUGUACCGUGCUGCAGCAUAUGGGUGAUUUUAUGCUCAAGACAAAGUAGAGGAAUAUGGUGUAAGAUAUGUUUAGCAUUUUAAAGAUUUUGUUUUAGAAUGACAAUAUAUAAUGUGGAAUAGAAAAGUCAACUCCUAUCCUAGUUUGCCAGUCUUACUUUCCCUUUUUUUCCUAUUUGUUGUAUUAAUUUCCUUUCUCCCCUUCCUUUUCCUUCAAAUUUCUCCCAUGUUUUGGGUAUCCUGGAGAGUGGAGAGAGUGAAUGGAAAGAGUGUUGCUGUGAGAGUGAGUGUUAAUGGAAAGUGUAUAAGAGCAAGAGCGAGAAUUUCUAAGUGAAUGAGAGUGUAAUUGUGUAUGAGUGAGAGUAUGUGUGAGUUUCUGCAUGUGUGCAUGUACAUGUGUGUCAUGCAUGUAUGAGUGAAUGUGUAUCAGUCUCUGUUUGUUAGUUUUACAGGAAGGGUUAUCUGAUAUGAUUAUAUACUAGGUAAAUAAUGAUAUAUCUCAGAUUCAUAAAGUUUUCACACAGCAUUUGAUUGGGAUAACAUGCCUAAUCCUAAUAUUGUAAAUCUCUUUACAAUGAGAUGGUUUAUAUUGAUCUCACUCUGAGUCAGUAACCAAGUAAAGUCAGUGUUGUUUUCAUGAAUCACUAAAUAUAUGAACAUUAGUAUGAUCACAUCAGUAUAGAUACAUUUGUUUGCUGAGCCGUGUAAAGAUUUACUUGCAAAUGUAAAAUACUAAAGUAAUUUUGAUUUUUUUUCUUUUAUUGUACUUUAGAAUUGAAAUGAAAAGUUGUUUGAUGAUGAGAUAUUUAGAAAGAGCUGUCCCUUUCAUUUUCAUUUCAACUUUAACUAACUUGGAUAAAUACAUAUAUUCCAUGCUCUGCUUCAUCUUUCUUAUAUAUUUUACUUAUAAAAUACAUCACUUAAUGUGCUUCUUAGUUUGUAAUUUUAUUACAGUUAAAUAAGUGUUUGAUUUAAUUCAAAUAGUAAAAAAUGCAAUUACCUUUUCCUGGUAUAUUAUUUUGCAGGUAUAAUGUUUUACCUUAUGUUGCUUAUAUUCCAAAAUCUACUGAAUUUUCAGUAAAUUUUUUUAGAAUAUUCAUAACUUUUAUUUGCAAAAAGUGGGAAGAUAUUUCCAUCUCCUACAUUUAGAUAUUUUUCAUUUCCAAUAUACACAUAAGAAAACUUAACUAAAAACAAGGAUUCUUAGUGUAUAGUGUAUUUUUCCCCAAGCCUUUCCUUCCUCAUUAUCCAAAAUAGAUAAAUUUAAUUCCACACUCAUAAUAAUUACUUUGACACUACUACCAAAGCAAUUUUGACUGAUCCUUAAACUGCUAAUCAUAUCGGCUAUUCUUUCAGAAGCUAUGAAAUUUCAGAAAGAAUUUGAUUUUAUUGUGAAGUACUUCUACUAUGUAGCAGGGAUGAAUGGUUGCUCAUUGUUUGUUAAUAUUUGCAAUACUAUAUGAAAAUUAAUGAUGGAUAUAUAUUAUAUUUGAUAUGUUUAGAAUACAUAUUCAUUUUUUUUAUCACAAGAAAAAGAAUCAUAUCUUAUAAUAAAUAAUUUAUGUAAACAGAUUUUGAAGAUCAUAUACCAAAAUUAUACAGUCAAAGUUUUAACAUAAAUGUCAAAAGCAAGCAAUAAAAACAAAUUUACAAAGUAAUGGUAAAGUAUUAUUGUUUCUUUUUCUGUUAAGGAGCAGAGGAUAAUGUACCUUUUUGAUUGGUUUGUUUUACAGUUGGUAUACUUCCAUCUGUUGUAUGGUAUCUGCAAAGGAAACAGCUUUUUUAUAUAUCAAUAAACCCGAGUACCUAACAGUCCUCAUUGACUAACCAUGAUUGUCUGAUAAGGUGUAUUGGUUGCACCAGGUGUCCUUGUCAUAAGACCUUUGCUUGGUAUGCAUGUUCAUGUAAUUUCUGUAUUUGAUUAUAUUGUCGUUUAAAUAAAAUUGGUGUCAGUUGA